AUCACUGAUUAGUCAUACAUUUGGAGAUAUAAUUUACACUUGUUCACUGCCCUGUGAGAGCAGCAGAAGAAAGAGAGUCUGCUAGGUCAGAGCAGUGAAUGAGGAUGAAUUCCAAAGCUCAGAAAAUGGAAUUAAAUGAUGGCCACUCCAUUCCUGUACUGGGCUUUGGCACCUAUGCAACUGAAGAGCAUCUCAAGAAAAAGUCUAUGGAUUCCACCAAAGUAGCUAUAGAUGUUGGAUUCCGCCAUAUUGAUUGUUCUCACUUCUACCAAAAUGAAGAAGAGGUGGGACAGGCUAUUCGAAGCAAGAUUGAAGAUGGCACUGUGAAAAGGGAAGAUAUAUUCUAUACUUCAAAGCUUUGGUCAACUUCUCAUCGUCCAGAGUUGGUCAGACCUAGCUUGGAAAGUUCACUGAGAAAGCUUAAUUUGGACUACGUUGACCUCUAUCUCAUUCAUUUCCCAGUGUCUCUGAAGCCAGGGGAUGAUAUUUUACCUCAAGAUGAGCAUGGAAACUUAAUAUUUGACACAGUGGAUCUCUGUGCCACAUGGGAGGCCAUGGAGAAGUGUAAGGAUGCAGGAUUAGCCAAGUCCAUCGGGGUGUCCAACUUUAAUCGUAGGCAGUUGGAAAUGAUCCUGAACAAACCAGGGCUCAAGUAUAAGCCUGUGUGCAACCAGGUAGAAUGUCAUCUUUAUCUCAACCAGAGCAAGCUGCUGGAUUACUGCAAGAUGAAUGACAUCAUUCUGGUUGCCUAUGGUGCACUGGGAACUCAGAGAUAUAAAACUUGUGUUAAUGAGGAUACUCCAGUUCUCUUGGAUGAUCCAGUUCUUUGUGCCAUAGCAAGGAAGUACAAGCGGACACCCGCCCUGAUUGCCCUUCGAUACCAGCUGCAACGUGGAAUUGUGGUCCUAGCCAAGAGCUUCAAUGAGGAGAGAAUCCGAGAGAACAUGCAGGCUUUUGAUUUCCAAUUGGCUUCAGAUGACAUGAAAAUCCUCGAUGGCUUGAAUAGAAAUUUUCGGUACUUUCCUGCUGACAUGUUUAAUGCUCACCCCAGCUUCCCAUUCUUUGAUGAGUAUUAACAUGGAGGCCUUUGCUAUGAGCUCUGUUUGAAGCUCAUGUGUGCGAUGCUGGACUCUCAUAUACCAAUAGCUGAAUACAUCACCUUCAACCCAUGCUGCUUAGAAACUCACCUUCAGUUUGAGCUAUGUCUGUAUACCAGGGAGCAAAAGUACUAAAUUUUGACUCUUUUCUAUGAAUAAAAAUAUUCAGUCUCACCUGC